GUGUGUGUGGCACCAUGCUGUGGACAGUGAUACUAGCGCUGCUGGUGCUUCUGCUGCUGCAGACUCAGCUGUCUGUGUGCUUAAGGGAAUUACGCAGCGGGGGUUCCAGCUCCCCUCCCUCCUCCUCUUCGUCAUCCUCCUCCUCCUCCUCCUCCUCUUCCUCCUCCUCCUCUUCCUCCUCCUCCUCUCACAAUGCCACCCGGUUGCGGCUGCCCGGAGCGAUUAUCAUUGGCGUGCGGAAAGGCGGCACCAGAGCCCUGCUGGAGAUGCUCAACCUGCACCCGGACGUGGAAGUGGCGAAGGCCGAGGUGCACUACUUCAACGUGGAGGAGCACUACCGCCGGGGCCUGGCCUGGUACCGAGCCCAGAUGCCCCUCAGCCUCCCCGACCAGCUGACGGUGGAGAAGACCCCCGGCUACUUCGCGUCCCCUCAGGUUCCCGGCCGCGUCCGGGACAUGAACCCGGCCGUCCGCCUGCUGCUCAUCGUGCGCGACCCGGCGGAGAGGCUGGUGUCCGACUACACCCAGGUCCUCCACAACCGCCUGACCCGCCACAAGCCCUACCGGCCUCUGGAGGAGCUCCUGAUCCACGAGGGCCACGUCGACCCCGGUUACAAGGCGCUGCAGCGGAGCCUGUACCACCAGCAUCUGGCCCGCUGGCUGGAGGUCUUCCCCAGGGAGCAGAUCCACGUGGUGGACGGCGACGCGCUCAUUCGGGACCCCUUUCCCGAGCUGAGGAAGGCCGAGAGGUUUCUGGACCUCCAGCCCCGGAUAAGCCCCGACAACUUCUACUACAACGCCACCAAGGGCUUCUACUGCCUCCUGUCGGCCGGGCGCGACAAGUGCCUGGACGAGUCCAAAGGCCGGCCGCACGCGCCGCUCAGCACCCGGGCCUUCAAGAAGCUCUGCCGCUACUUCAGAAAGCCCAACGAGAUGUUCUUCGACAUGGUGGGCAGGUCGUUCUCCUGGUGCUGAUCCGGUGGCGAGACAAGAAACACCCAAAUAAUGCCAAAAACAUGCAGGGGACACGGCGGGGGAGAAGAACACUGUGGUUCGGGGUGUUUUUGGAGAGUUUUUUUUUGUGUUUUUGAAACCGACUCAGGUGUAAAUGUGGCCAAGUAAAGCGCCACAUAGUGUGUGUGCGUGUGUGUGUGUGUGUGUGUGUGUGUGUCUGUGUGUGUGUGUGGCCAACACAAACCUUUACCACGACCACACCGGUGCCUCCUUGGGUGGAAAGACUCUGAAGUGAAAUAGUGGUGAAAAGAUGGUUUGAAUUAAUGAUUCAUAUGAACUCAUAUGAAGCAAAUUGGGGUUAAUGUGGACAAUUUAAAAAACUAAAAACCACACGCCCCUAUUUGAUUUUUCCCAACAGUUGUAACAUGUUUGUGUGCUCGUAGUAAACGUUUUAGUUUAGAGUCUUUGUUCUGUUCAAAUCUAUACUUUUGUUGUUUUACAAGAUUGACUUUUAGAGAAAGUGAAAAUACCUUCUUUUUCUUUUUUUUCAACUUCUUUUGAAAGCUU